AACGCUUUAUAUUUUUCUUCAUAUAUUCAGCGUUUUGAUACACACUCUCUCUCUCUCUCUAAACUUCCCUUGUGAGUCAUGGAAGAAGAAUUCUCAUAUGCGAGCACCGCCGAGUUAGUGGAGGCUGCUUCAGACUUUGCAUACCAUUCCGGUUUUCAGUCCGACUCUUCAGCGAAGGACUUCCUUGAUCGUUUCCCUCUUCCUGUCAUCAUUAAUGCUUUACAAACCAAAGCAGAUGUGCCUGGCCUUGAAAAUGAUUUGGUUGCUUGUCUAGAAAGGAUAUUUAGAACUAGAUAUGGGGCCUCCCUCAUCCCACAAUACAUGCCUUUCGUAGUUGGUGGUCUUGGGGCAGAUUCUCAAAGAGUCAGAUGUUUAGCUUGCAAAACAGUUUCUUGCCUCCUGGAGAAUGAUACUGAUGUUGCGGUGCAGCUAGUUCAAGAUUAUGAUCUAUAUCCACUUAUGCUUAAUUGCCUCAUUGAUGGCGAUGAACGAGUCGCCACCGCAUCAAUGGAUGCGAUUAAGAAUUUGGCUGGCUCUUCAAAGGGCAUGGAGAUCAUCUUCCCAGCUAAUAGCAAUGAAACCACUCACCUCAGAAAUUUGGUGGCACGAUGCUCAUCAUUGGGACGAGUACGAAUUUUGGCUUUGUUGGUGAAGCUAUUCUCUAUUUCUACUGCUGUGGCGUCGACGAUUUACAAUUCAAAUCUUCUUAGUUUAUUAGAGACAGAAGUUAGCAAUGCGAGUGAUGCACUUGUUACUUUGAGUGUUUUGGAGCUCUUUUAUGAGUUGGCAGAAAUUCCGCACAGUACAGAGUUCUUGUCAAGAACCACCCUUCUUCAAUUACUUAGUUCUAUGAUCAGCAAUGCAUCAGUGGAAUCGAUUAUAAGAUCAAGAGCAAUGACGAUUAGUGGAAGGCUUCUCUCCAAGGAGAAUACUUAUAUGUUCAUUGAUGAAUCUAGUGUUAAAGCUGUUAUUUCAGCCAUCGAUGGAAGGCUCGGGUUAUUGAAAAGUCAAGAUGCAGAUGAAUGUGAAUCCGCACUUGAAGCAUUGGGCCAGAUUGGAUCAUCAAUCCAAGGAGCAGCAUUGUUACUCUCAAGUGCACCACCUGCUGCUAGACAUGUUGUUGAUGCUGCUUUUGUUCGUCAAGGACAUGGUAGACAGUUGGCUGCUUUGCAUGCUCUUGGAAACAUUUGUGGAGAAACUCGAUCAGAAAACAACAUACUGCUGAAUGGUGACACAGAAGAAAGCCUUAGGCGCUUGAUAUAUGAGACAGCAUCCAAGACUUCAAAGCUAACACCAGCAGGCCUCAUUCCAUCAGUACUUCAACAAGAUUCAGAAAUUCGUGUGGCGGGUUAUAGAUUAAUCACAGGAUUGGUGGCUCGGUCAUGGUUCCUGAUGGAGAUUUGCUCGAGAGAGGAGAUACUAAGUAUAGUGACUGAUACAUAUACUGAAACCACCAAGAUAGGUAUGGAAGCUAGACAUAAAUGUUGCCAGGCAAUCCGCAAGGCCUUUAUGUCAAGUAAACUAAGCAGUGAUCCCGCACUUGGUGGAAUAGCUGCAAAGUUGCAUGAAGCUGUUCAAAGGGGUCCAUACCUCGCAGGAAAGCAUUCUGAAUCGCAACCUGCAGUAAUGACUGCAGAGAGAUUUUAACUUCUGACUUAACAUAAAACUAUAGGGACCUUACAGGUGACAGAAUUUGUGAAUUUAUACUUCACAUGUCUGUAAUAGAAUAGGCUCUCAAAAAUCCACCGGAACUAAAACAAUACAUAGGGCUGGAUCCUUUACAUGAAUAUGAAGCACUGGAUAUCUAACUAUGAUAAGGGCCUUGUAAGAUCAAUUGUGCAAUAACCUCUCCAAAGACGUUUUAUUUUAUUCUGAAGUUUUUGACUCGAAAAAGUUGUUCUUAUCAAUUAUGAGAAACAUUAAAGAAAAUUAUCAAUGUUGUGUCUUUUUAUA